AUGUUAAUAAAAAAUUUCAAGAAUAAGUUGGCAGUGGAUACUUCAAGCACUGUGAAGGAAAUUGAUUUAUUAACAAGAUUUCAUGUUGUCAACUUCGACCUUUUGAUCGUCCCUUCCCAUUCUGACGAUUCUGGAAUUUAUAUUUGUGGCUCAAAGACAGGCGAAUUCUUUUAUGCUUAUGAACUUGAUAUCCAGAGCACCACGGAUGCACGAUUGAUAUUCGGUGACAAGGAAGAAAAUCCCCUUCCAGAAUAUAAUACAAAUGAAUUUCUAGCCUACACUAGUUUUAGAGAGUGGUCCCCAUGUGAUCGAUGUGGAGUUAGAGGAGAGCAAAGGAAAUUUGGCCUGUGCUAUGUCAGUAGCCAAUAUAUUAAUCCACGUUACCAAAUCAAAGGUGACGAUGUUUCAUGUGGCUCAGAUGCUGUCCCUAAAAGAUUCAAGCCACUGAUUGCCAAUCGGACAGCGGAGAUAUUUAUCAGGAGCUGUAAAGUCCCCUGUUACAGUAAUGAAACACUGGGGGGUAAAGUUUCCAAUGUUGUGAACGAUUUGGCAACGUAUUUGCAAGGCAAAUUUAGUUUUCUUCCCAGACGCAAAUUGCCCACCCAAAAUCAUAUUUAUGCUUUGGGUGACAGAGUGACACUUACUUGCCCAGGAUCAAAGCCAGAGCAUGCAGUAGCCUGGGACAAAGAUAAUGAGAGACUGUAUCGCUCUGAAUACUUGAUUGGAACACGCAAGUACAUGAACCGUUUCAUUGACCAUGGAAACAAUUUGAACAUUAAAUUUAUAGAAUUCACUGACAAAGGACUGUUCACUUGCUGGCUUAAUGGAAAGCCAGUAGCUUCUUUCAAGCUGGAUGUGACCAAACAACCGCCUCGGCGGCGCGACCUCAGAGACGCAGAGACUCUUUUUGCUACAAGGAUCAUUGGUUUUGGUUUUAUAUUUUUUAUAGUACUAUUUGUUCUCAUCCAUAUAAUCAAGUGUUGGUGCUACCACUGCAGAUGCUGUCCACCUAAAUUAGAUCCACAAAGCGAAGUUUAA